GUGACAAUUACACGAGCAAGUAGUAAUAUGGCGCCCGCCGAAACUGCACAAAAAUUAAUUAGCCACGAGAAGUACUCGUGAAACGCGAAUCGCGAGAACAACGACGUAACAUGCGUAAAAAAUACAUAAAACCUAUGUUUGCAUUAACUUAUAUUUACUCAUGUCGAUCGUGCGACUUCGCACAGUGGAAUUGUGCAUAACCACGAAUGUACUCGUAAACACGUAACAAUUGCACUUUUCAAGUAUACAUCUUACGUGGCACUGUUUAUCGCCAAUAUCAGAUCGUCUCUUUUAACGAGGCGAAUACGUACAUUUUAUAGAAAUGCAUGAGAAGAGAAAAAAAUUGCAAACUAUGCGUGCUUUAAUACUCGUUGGUGGCUAUGGAACUAGGUUGCGACCUCUCACCUUAAGUCGGCCUAAGCCACUCGUCGAAUUUGCUAAUAAGCCAAUGCUUUUGCAUCAGAUUGAAGCACUUGUACAAACAAAUGUAACAGAAGUAAUAUUGGCUGUCUCUUACCGAGCGCAGCAGAUGGAAGAAGAAUUAGUCCAUGAGACAAAGAAGUUAGGAGUACAACUUAUUUUUUCUCAUGAACCAGAACCAUUAGGUACCGCAGGACCUCUUGCACUUGCCCGUGAAUAUUUAUGCGCCAGUGAUGACCCAUUCUUUGUCCUGAACUCUGACAUCAUUUGUGAUUUUCCCUUUAAACAACUUCUUGAAUUUCAUGAAAGUCAUGGGAAAGAAGGAACUAUAGUCGUCACUAAAGUGGAGGAACCAUCAAAAUAUGGUGUAGUUGUAUAUGGAGAAGAUGGGAAAAUUGAGAGCUUUGUUGAAAAGCCACAAGAGUUUAUAUCCAACAAAAUUAAUGCAGGAAUGUACAUCCUUAAUCCCAGUGUACUGAAUAGAAUAGAAUUGAAACCCACAAGUAUUGAGAAGGAAGUUUUUCCAAGUAUGGCUCAAGAUGGAGAAUUGUAUGCAAUGGAAUUACCAGGUUUCUGGAUGGAUGUAGGCCAGCCUAAAGACUUCCUUACAGGAAUGUCUAUGUAUCUUACUUCGUUGAGGCAAAAACAUCCUGAGCAACUUCAUUCUGGACCUGGUAUUGUAGGCAAUGUCUUGAUAGAUCCAACAGCUGUGAUCGGCAAAGAUUGCAGAAUUGGACCUAAUGUUACGAUCGGACCUGGUGUCACAUUAGCGGACGGAUGCUGUAUUAAACGAAGCACUAUUCUUAAAGCAGCUGUGAUAAAAGAGCACGCGUGGCUCGAUGGAUGCAUAGUUGGUUGGAGGAGCGUUGUAGGGCGAUGGGUGAGAAUGGAGGGUACAACUGUGCUUGGAGAAGAUGUUAUUGUAAAAGAUGAACUGUAUAUCAACGGCGGACAAGUUUUACCGCAUAAGAGCAUUUCUACUUCUGUACCAGAACCACAGAUCAUUAUGUGACCAAAGACCAUAAUUUGAGCUCGAAUUAGCGAAGGCAAUAAUAAUCCAGAUUAAGAGAUACGAUUCCAGAUUUAUAACAGUUUUUGAGAGAAACGCGCAUAAUAUUUUACAGUAAAUAUGCAGAGAUACCAGUAAUCUGCAUAUUUAUCUAACUUAUUUCUAUUCAUUUUUAUUAUUUUUUAUAUAGUUAUCGCACUUUUUUGAAAAUUUGGCAUAAAGAUAUUUAAAAAUAUAAACAUUUACUCUAUAAUCAAUUGCUGUAAUCUUGUUUUGCCCUCCUAUCACGUUACAUGUGAUUCAAAAAGACCUUACAUCAAUACUGCAAAUAUCAGUCGCAAUAUCGGAGAAAUUUAUACAAUCUUUAUUGGUAAACCUCGCACUAUUAUCGCGGCUGCAGUCAUGUAAUGUGUGCAAAUAUUCUUGGACUUUGCCACUGCUCUCAACAUUUCUGACUCCAUUUUUGUUUCAUUCUUUUCAGCAUUCUUUGUGAAUUCUGGAGAAUUUGAUUAAAGAUGAUUAUCCCAUAUAAUUAGAAAGAUGUAAAUAUUUCUGGUUUAUAAUACUAACUUAAACUACCAUACGUCCACCUGUUAAUGUCCACUUCGGCCCAAGAUUUUUCGGAUGUCGACGGAAUCCAGUUACUCACAAAGACUGCAGUCAUUUUAUCAAUAUCGACAUCUGUUACUUCCCACAGCAUGCCUAAGAGACAAGGACUAAAAAUCUAAUGAAUAUACUAAUGUGCAAAAUAUCAAAGUGCGAAAAUAAAAAAUUACAGAUAAAGCAUACGUUUAAAAAUUUAAUGAUUCUCUUCGACCAAAGAAAAUAGGCAAAAUUCAAUCAACACUUCAAUGUUUUGUAUAUACAACAAAUUUCUUAAAUCACUACUAAUUGCUGUUGUUUUUUUGCCGAGAAGGUAUUGUUAAAAAGGUCUGUUGAAUUUCGCGAUUGAAAACAAAAUAAUUCUCUCAAUUUCGCGCGUAAUGUACAGAACUUCUCAGUUUUACAUUUGAAUAAAAAAAACAUUUUCUUGUGCAUAUUAUAGAGAAAUAAAUAAAUGUUCUUUUUACCUGCAUGCUAUUAAAUAUUGGUUUGCGAUACCGUAAGGUGGAUAUUUUCCGCCUAUCAUAAGUAACUUCAUGCUGUUACAUCCGAAUAAUAAAGCGGUCGAUUUCA